CGAGCCAGUCCGGCCACCGACAGCUACGGCUUCAUUGCAGAAGUCAUCAGUUUGCCUCUGUCGCCUGGGCGCGCCUAUCCCGAGCAAAACUUUCAGAUGCAGCAUCGCAUUGACGACUGCCUCUUCGAGAACAAUCAAGGCGGUGGUGUCCGUGUCCUGAGCGUUGGCGAAAUGGGCCCAGACUUUGUGCUGGCCAACACUCGACUGUUGAACAACGGAUUGGCUCUUCUUAACCUCACCGGUCCACCCGGCAUCUUCUUGCGUCUGGCUAACACGCCACGAUUGGCGGUAGCUAAUUGUCUGGUGCGUUGGCAGGCGGGUCACGCGAUACAGGCCCAUCUGACGGCCGACCAAGUCACCAAAGGCACUCGAGGCAACAUCACCAACAACGUGCUCGUCCGUAACCACUUGGGCGGAGUGCUCUGGCUGACGGGCAACCACUUCAACACAGUGAAUGUCAGCAACAACUAUCUUGCACACAACGACUGCGGUCGACGUGACGUGAUUCGCGUUGCCGGUCUCUUGGUGCAUCCGUUUGGGGACAACACGGUCUACGAUAAUCGGGGUAAUUUAAUCCUCAAUUCAACUGCCGCUGCCGAGGGCCUGACGCAGGGAUCGGUCUACCGGAGAAACGGAUUCCAAGCAAAUCAAGCUCUUGACCAUCGACGUCGGGCCACAGUUUUCUGCUCCAAUGCCCGUCAAAUCUUCGAAGACAACUAUUUCCGCAAUCCAGCCAACCUCUAUGAGCUCUGGAUGGGUAACCAAACCUUGCUGAAGUAA